ACACAGAAUAAGGAGGUUCAAGAAUUAUUUCAAUUUGUAAAUCCUUCUCUUAAGUUAUCUAGACGUCAUGCAUUAGAUUCUGUUGGUCCAAUACUAACUUUUGAUAGUUGGACAAAUGUGAUAAAUCAAAAUAUAAUGGGAUCAGUUUUUAUUACAUCAAAAGGAGAG